AACACUAAGGGUGUUGUUAUACUAUCCGCACCCUUUCCCAAAGGCCAAAACCCUCAAGACCAACCGUUUUCGCUCCAAAGAACCAUCUCCCUAUUUCUCCACAUGGAUUCACUCCCCAUUAUUACUCUGGCCAUCUCCUUCCUCUGCCUCUCCUUCUACAUCCUCGCCGACAGUCGCCGCCGGCGCCGCCGAUCCGACAAGCAAACCCGAUUCCCACCCGAACCAGCCAACCCAUGGCCGAUCAUCGGCCACCUCCCAGUAAUGGCAGGCCGGGAGCUCCCCCACAGAGCACUCGCCGCGUUGGCCGACAAAUACGGCCCCGUUUUCACCCUCCGCCUCGGAAUCAACCGCGUCCUGAUCGUCAGCAGCCCUGAAAUCGCCAAGGAGCUCUUCACCACCAAAGACACGGUGGCGCUCUCCCGCCCCGCAAUCACCGCCACGAAGGUAUUCUCCUACGAUUACGCCGUCUUCGGGAUGGGCCCGCACGGCGAUUACUGGCGGGAAACGAGGAAAAUCUCAGUCCUGGAGCUCCUCUCCGCCCGCCGAUUGGAGCUUCUCCGACACUUCAGAGAAUCCGAAGUCCAGAAAUCGAUUAACGAACUGUACAAUCAAAUUGGGCGCGACCCAGAAAUUGAUUUGAAGAAGUGGAUUGGGGAUUUGAGCCUCAAUUUGAUGUUGAAAUUGGUUGCGGGGAAGAGCUCCUCUGUUUCUGACUCUGUUUCUUUCGUGGGGUUUAAGAACUGUGUCAGAGAGCUUUUCAAGUACGGCGGGACGUUUGUUGUGGGAGAUGCGCUGCCGUUUCUCCGGUGGAUGGAUAUCGGCGGGCAUGAGAAGAAGAUGAAAAUGGUAGCGAGGGAAAUGGAUGGGUACCUUCAGCAGUGGCUGGAUGAACACAAGGAAAACAGGGGAGAGAAAAAAACAGAGCUUGAUUUCAUUGACGUUCUGCUCUCCCUUCUCGACGGACAAUCUCUCCACGGAUAUGACUCCGAUACCAUCAUCAAAGCCAUGUCACUGAGCAUGAUUUCAGGAGGAACAGAUACGACAAACGUCUCCGUAGUAUGGGCCAUGGCUCUCCUCCUCAACAACCGCGACGUGCUCCUCAAGGCCCAGACCGAACUCAACGACGUCGUUCCCCGUGACAGAUCCGUGACGGAGGCCGACAUCGGCAAGUUGGUCUACCUCCAAGCCGUUGUCAAAGAAGCCAUGAGGAUGUACCCGGCGGCGCCCCUCCUCGCCGCGCGUGAAUUCAUCACCGACUGCCACGUGGGCGGGUACGAGGUCCGGAAGGGCACGUGGCUGAUGGUGAACGCGUGGCGGAUCCAGAACGACCCGGCCGUGUGGCCGGACCCGACGCGGUUCGAUCCGGAGAGGUUUCUGACGUCGGAGAUAGACGUGAAGGGACACCAUUUCGAGCUUUUCCCGUUCGGCAGCGGGAGGCGGGCGUGUCCGGGCAUGAAUCUGGGCCUUCAGAUGGUGCAUUUGUCGUUGGCGAGUUUUCUUCACGCGUUUGAUUUUAAGACGGUGGGGGGUGAGGCGGUGGAUAUGGCAGAGAGCUUUGGGAUGACGAAUAUGAUGGUGGCGCCGCUUAAGGUUGUGGCUUCGCCGCGGUUGUCUCGUGAUGUUUAUGCCUAGUAUUUUGUACUUUUAGCCACCAUGAAUUGGAUCGUUGCAAUUUAAGUUACGAGUAUCGUCGAGAAUAAAACAACUCGUUCCCAUCGUUUGGUACUUGGAAUGAUAUAUCUUGAUUUUCUCGAUUGGUUACCAAGUUUUUGUUAGUAGCCGGCAAUGGCAUAUUGAUGUGUGUAGUGGUGGAGUCAGAAUAUUAAAUAAGAGUAUCUCUUUAUAAGUGUUAUACGCCUCGUUCUACAAAUGUACGUGUGCUACACAAUUAUGAUUAUUGUGAUUACGUUAUUAUUUAUAUACCUAAUUGAAUUGGUGUGCAAAACACACAAAUUAUGCGAGAAAAAGAGUUACCCGUUAGCUUUGGGUAGUUGCUCCUCAGCCAUGCUACAUGUCAUGAACUCAAUUGAACUGCAAUACAGUUACGUUGCAGUGAAUAGCUUCAUAAUUUUUUCACAUUCACGCAUCAUAUCCUGUUUGGAUGAAGGUUUGCGAGAAAGAACUGGAUUUUCGAAAGCAAAAAAACAAAAAAUCGCGUCUAAUUGAACAAAUGUGAUAUAUAUAUAUAUAUUUGUAGUUAAUUUAUUUGGGGUUGGCAAAUUACUUAAUUUACAAUUCAUAGAAAGGAUUGUCAUUAUAUAGGGUAAAUUGCACGGUUGGUCACUCGGAUUACUAAAAACAUUCAUGUUUGAUCACUACAAAUAUUUAAUUCCGUUAGUUGUCACUAGAAUUAGUUUGAUGGUUCAUGUUUGUCACUAUCCGUUACCUUCCGUCAGCCUCCGUUAACACCGUUAAUUUUUUAUUGACGUGGCUAACAGAAGUACUAAUUCAGCCAACUUAAACUAUAAAAAAAGAUACUCACCCGACCCCUACAGUCAGCUAAACCCCGAGAUCGGACAAAAAAAAUCCCCUAAAAGCUCAUCAGAAGAAUCUCAAGCACAAAUACUGAAAUACCUCUCCGAGCUUGCACUCACCGCCGCCAACUCCUCUUUCAAGUCUAACAUCGUCGCCUCCUCCAAACCCAAAUCCCUCUCCGAGCUCGCCCUCACCGCCGCCUGCCACGAGGUCACUGACCAUCCUCGACUCCAUCCAGUACAACAUCGGCCUGCUCCAAGUCCAAAUCCCUCCCCGAGCUCGCCUUCACUGCCGAUUUUCCAAUUGGAGAAGAAGACCUUAGGAAGAUGAUGAACUUCACUCGUAGGCGUCCAACUCUACCGCAAGAUCCACCACCACCGCUGGUGAAUCGAUAGAAGAAGAUCACUCAAACGAAUCCCAAUCGUGGUCUACUCGACUCCCGAUUCUUCCCUCGUGGAUUCUACUCCCCAAUUCCUGUCAUCGAUCGCCAUGCUCAAGAGAUCCAGAUGAUGUUGGACGACGGCGGGCCUGGUCCGGUUUCCAACAGCGUUGCCGCAACUGGUUCACGGCCCAAGAACGGGGAAGAUGGGGAGGAUUGAGGCGGCGACCCUAUCAGCAAAGGAAGAGUUGGAGGCAGCGACAGUACCGCUUCUUAUAAAUUUGUCUCGGUUUCCCUGUGUUUUAAUCCAUUUUUGGUUUGGACGCUCUGUUCGUUCGUGUAAUUGGUGUUGGGUAGCUGAAAUUUGCUUCGGUUUGGAUGCUCUAUUUUGUUUGAAUUGAAAAGUAUAUUGAGGCUAAUGUGGAAUGCACCGCUUCUCUUGAUUGGGAUUGUGGCUAAUGUGAUGAUGAUAGCCACGGGAAAGCCGAUCGAAGAAGGAAAAAAGGGGGAAGGGAAAA